UCUCCGCGCUUGCGGGGGGCCUCGAGCCGAUGCCGUUAGAGGCCGCGUCUGAGCCGGUACUGUCUCGCGCCCACCCCCCCGCGAGGCGCAGGAGGUGGUGCGGUCCGGAGCGGAAGUGGCUCCGCGCGGAAGGCGGCCGGGGGAGACUGCCAUGGCUGCCGGCGCGCCCUGCGCGCUUGUCACCAGCUGUUCUUCCACCUUUACCGGGGACAGGCUGGCUCAACAUAUUCUUGGAACAGAAGAUCUUGCUGCAGAUACUCCUGCAAAUAAUGGUGUGAAAUUUUACCCUUGGACUAUUGAUAACAAGUACUAUUCUGCAGACAUCAAUCUGUGUGUGGUGCCAAAUAGAUUCCUCAUCACAGCUGAAAUUUCAGAGGCUGUCCAGGCAUUCAUUGUUUACUUUGACAGCACACAAAAAUCUGGUCUUGACAGUGUUUCAUCAUGGCUUCCACUGGCAGAAGCAUGGCUACCAGAGGUGAUGAUCUUGGUCUGUGACAGAGUUUCUGAAAAUGGUGUAAGCCGACCAAAAGCUCAAGAAUGGUGCAUCCAGCAUGGUUUUGAGUUGGUAGAACUUAGUCCAGAAGAAUUACCUGAGGAAGAUGAUGACUUCCCAGAAUCUACCGGGGUAAAAAGAAUCAUACAAGCCUUGAAUGCCAAUGUCUGGUCGAAUGUAGUAAUGAAGAGUGAAAGAAACCAAAGCUUUGGCCUUCUCAGUUCAUUGGCUGGUGCAAACUGUAACAUUGGGUCAGCUGAGAACCAUCACACUGAACAGCCCCAUUUGCCUGUAGGAGAUGGGACUGAAUGCUGCUUCGACCACCAAGAUAGUGCUUCUAACACAACUGACUCCCAGAUUGAUAGUAUCGUAGACCCCAUGCUAGAUCUGGAUAUCCAGGAAUUAGCUAGUCUCACUACUGGAGGAGGAAAUCUGGAAAAUUUUGAACGGCUAUUUUCAAAGCUAAAAGAAAUGAAAGAUAAAGCAGCAACUUUGCCUCACGAACAAAGAAAGUUGCAUGCAGAAAAGGUGGCCAAAGCAUUCUGGAUGGCAAUUGGUGGAGACCGAGAUGAGAUUGAAGGCAUUUCUUCUGAUGAAGAAAAUUGAGCUUCUUGUAUCUAAUUAGCCAAGAUGGUAACAACACAGUUGAAUUGUGUUAAGGGAUGUCAGGAGCUUGGGACACUGGAGGGGUGGGAGAAGACAGAUGCAGGUGUUACCUAAGUCUAGCCUAAAAAAGAGUUCCUCCCCAUCGUAGCUGUUGGGGAGCAGUGGAGAUGGCAGGUGAUUGCAAUUCUUUGGGGGACAUUUAGGGUCAUCAGGAAAUAGCCAAAGCACUGUUGUAACUGUUAGGUCACUUAGGGCCUUCCUUCCAAGCCAUCUUCCUUGGACAUGGAAACCCAGAGAAGUAAGCUCAGCUGUGUCCAGGGUUCACUUGCUUCCUAUUAAACAAACUCUGGCCUUAAAGAUCUCAUCAUUUCUCAUACCAUACUGAUAUAUGCAGUUAGGGAAGCUGAUAGAACCCACUGCCACAAGCUCUGCCUUUGAGAAUACACUCCUCAUGCCACAGUGACCAGAGUGGGAAGGAGGAAGCCACAUAAGUCCCUCCCUGCUGUGGCUCAAGCUCUCAGCCUCCCACCAACUCACUGGCUGUUCCCAGAUUUCCUUCUUCUCACUCUCACUCCUUAUGCACAUACCACAACUGCCUUUGCUUUGACAUUCCUACUCUUACCACACUCAGGCUGGUUUCCAGCUACCUUCAAGGCACAUAUACUUGUGUUCUGUCUACUUCCUGACUCUCUCACCAUUCCCCAUGGAAUUGCAAUCACUCCCUCCCAUCCACUCCUGGGAUGGGGAGGAGUAGAGAAGAAACCAUCUCAUAUAAAGGACAACUAUGUCUGUCUUCCCUUCUUAGCUCCACAGCAGCCAAAGUCCUAACACUUCCUGGAUGGACCCUGUUUUGCUUUGCUGAGAUUCCCAUCAUUGUAUUGACCAUCUAGCCAAUAUAAAGGACGGAUUGUUGGUCUUAAUAAUAGUUUACUGAAGGCUCUUCUUCCCCAAACUAUUAUAAGGCAUUGUAGUGUUUAACAAUUAGAAGUGAGCUUCCUCCAGAUUUACAUAUUGUUCUAGAGGCUUGGGGAUUAGCUACAAAAGCUCUUGCCCAUGUAAAUGAGUCAAGCAACAGUCCCUGUAUUUUUAUUCCAAAUUACUGGUUGCUCUUACCAUCACUUCCAGGACUUUAUCUCCUCUCACUUCCUCAGCUAGUUUUCAAGAACCAAGCUUACCUGAUUCAUGAUGAUCCAUGAUCUUUCUUUUGUAAGGUGAGAAAAGAAAGGAGGACUCAUGUUAUACUGAUAAUUAAUUGUAAGGCAGCUCUGACCUUAAUGUGGCACAUGGUCUAAUCUCGUAAAAUGUGUGUGGAUUCUGCCUUUUAAAUUUUUCGCUUUUUGUAACUAAACUCUUACCACUGCAGAAAAUGAGUUCAUUAAAUGUCCAAGGAAGAAAUUAUAUUUCUGCUAUUGUGUUUAUAUGAGAGAAAGACUUCUGAAGUUUCUGUAAGGGAUAUUAAAGAGUAUGGGAGCAAUAUUAUGAAUGCAGUUGUCCCAAAUAUUUUAGUUUUUCCCCAUGUAGAUCAUCUCCAGCCACUGAUGAUAGCCAAAGCAUUAUUGUCAUCCCACAUAUGCUUACAGACAAGUAAGGCAUCCGAUUCUUUUUGACAGAAAGCCAACUAAGAUGUAGAGUAUUGAGAAUGGAUAGCAUAUAGGAAGCAGUGUUAGGAAACUAAUUUACAAUCAAUUAAUAAGGACCUGGACUGCAGGGCCUUGACAUUUUCUAUGGGCCUUACAUAAAGAGCAGCCUUUGUGGUGAAAAGGGCCAAUAUGCACCUUUAAAUGGAACAGUACAGACAGGAAAUCUCCCCAAAAAAUUGCAAUGAGAGUUUGUGAAAAUCAUUUUUUAAAAAGUUGCUUUUGUGAAUUACUUCUUAUCAGCAUGGGAGAAUAGUAGGUCUCAUAGGCUACAAGUUUGAUUGAAAAGGAAUAGAGGUUUGCUAGUGGUGGUUGCCCAGGUUGCAGGUCCAGGUCUGAGACAGUUCCAAGGGUGAACAGACCUAGAAUUCUUAGAGGAAACCUAGGAGCAAGUCCGACCCUCACAUAUCCUCUUACACGUUCUACAGAAACUGAAAUGAGAGAGCAGUAAAACAGGACAACCCAAGCAUACAAGACUGUCCUGCAGCAGCAUUCUACCCAGAGCACACUGUCAAUCACAGAAGAGACUGUGACACCCCUAGGGUUUCUUUGUUAGCUAUUUGACUUUGUUAGGUGUUCUGUUAAAAACAUUGGCAAAGUCCAAGAUGAAAAUGGGAAAGGAAGUUAGAGAAUUUUUUUCCCCUUACUAUGAUAAAUGGCAUUAGAGAAAUAAUUAGAUCUUAUGUAUUAGGGAAAAAUAGAUUGGAAAAAGCUGUGAACUUGAUUUUAUAAAUUAAACGUGGCUGGACUGAUUAAAAUGAGCAUUAUUUA